GAGUGGACCGCGGUGACGUUCCGGAAGGGGCGGGACUCGCCAUGGGUCAGGUGACUCGCAGGGGGAGUCACAUGAUCGAAGCAGGGAGCUGCGCGCCCCGCCUCGGCCCCGCUCCGGAGCCAGGCUCCCCGUGAGGCAGCUGCACAACCCCCGGCCAUGGCGACCCGGCACGGCCCCCACCCUGACGCCGCCCCAUUCCUGAGCCAGGCGGACGAGACGGAGGAGGAGGCGGUGGAGGGGGGGUCGCGUGCGGGCGGGGGGCAGCCGGAAGUGGGGGUGCAGACCGUCACCGGGAUCUCGUACCCCCGCUCAGUGAUGAUCGUCGCCGUUCUCUGCUACAUCAACCUGCUCAACUACAUGGACCGCUUCACCGUGGCCGGCAUCCUGCCCGACAUUGAGUCGUUCUUUCGCAUUGGAGACAGCAGCUCCGGGCUCCUCCAGACAGUGUUCAUCAGCAGCUACAUGGUGCUGGCCCCGAUCUUCGGGUACCUGGGCGACCGCUACCACCGCAAGCGCCUGCUUUGUUUGGGCAUCGCCUUCUGGUCGGCCGUCACGCUGGGCUCCAGCUUCAUCCCCCAGGAGCAGUUCUGGCUGCUGCUGGUGACGCGGGGGCUGGUGGGGGUGGGGGAGGCCAGCUACUCCACCAUCGCCCCCACCAUCAUCGCCGACCUGUUCGUUAGCGACCAGCGCAGCCGCAUGCUGGCCUUCUUCUACUUCGCCAUCCCCGUCGGCAGCGGGCUGGGCUACAUCGUGGGCUCGAAGGUGAAGGACUUGGCUGAGGACUGGCACUGGGCCCUGCGGGUGACACCGGCGCUGGGUGUGGUGGCGGUGGUGCUGCUGGUCACGGUGCUGCAGGAGCCGCCGCGGGGGGCCGUGGAGCGUCACUCCGACUCCCCCCUGCGCUACACCUCCUGGGCCGCUGACAUCAGGGCCCUGAGCCGCAACCGCAGCUUCGUGCUGUCGUCGCUGGGCUUCACGGCGGUGGCGUUCGUGACGGGGUCGCUGGCGCUGUGGGCCCCGGCGUUCCUGUACCGCUCCUGCCUGGCCACGGGGCAGUGCCGGCCCUGCCCCGACGGGGACACCUGCAGCUCCCAGCAGAGCCUGAUCUUCGGGCUCAUCACCUGUGUGACGGGUUUCCUGGGCGUGGGGGCGGGCGUGGAGAUCUCCAAGCGCCUCCGCCGAACCAACCCCCGGGCCGACCCCCUGGUCUGCGCCGCCGGCCUGCUGGGCUCCGCGCCCUUCCUCUUCCUGGCGCUGGUGUGUGCGCAGGGCAGCAGCGCCGCCACCUACGUGUUUAUCUUCAUUGGGGAGACGCUGCUGUCCCUGAACUGGGCCAUCGUGGCGGACAUCCUGCUGUACGUCGUGGUCCCCACACGCCGCUCCACGGCCGAGUCCUUCCAGAUCGUCAUGUCCCACCUGCUGGGUGACGCCGGCAGCCCCUACCUCAUCGGCGUGGUCUACUGCCGGAGGAGGCCGAGCCGGAGGACCGGAUUGUGGUGCCGAAGCGUGGCCGAUCCACCAAAGUGCCCGUCUCCAGCGUCCUCAUCUGAGAGCCACCCCCACCCCCGGUGCUGGGGCCGGGCGCCGCCAGCCGGGCAGAGACUCUCGCUGCCCCCCACGGGCAGGACUCGGGGCAGGCCGAACUGUGCCAGUUUGGGGGCUGGUAUUGUAUGUGAGCGUGGAGCUCCCCGUGAAGGAAACGGGGUCAGGGACAUGGAUGGGGCACCCUGGGCUGGGACAAGCCAGGGACCCCCAACUUAACACCCCAGUCCCUGGCGCAGGGAGGGGCUUAGGGACUGAGGGGGGGGCUCACAGCCUGCCCCCCCAAGGUCAUACAGGUUCCCAUUGCAUUGUAGGGGGCUGGGGUCCUGCCCCCCUCCAGCCGCCAUGUUUUCACCCCAUUAAACUCUUUGUUAGGUCUCUUGCUGCUGCUCUCUGUCCCGGGGGGCAGGAUUCCUGGCCGUGCUGCCGGGCUCUGCCCCCCCCUGGGAGGGCACUUGCUCCGCACUCCGCCCCCCCACCCCCCGAGUGUGAGCUCUGCUCCUCGGUGAGCACAAGAGCGUGAGCCCUCGUGCCCCUGUGGGGGAGGCCCCCUCCGAACCUCGCACACCUGCCGCUCGCUCAGCGCUACGACUUCCUGCCGGGAGCUCAUUGCCCGCCGCAGCUUCCUGCCGGGGGGAGAGCGCGAGCAGUGCGGCGUGGGUGGCAGCGCCGGAGGAGCCAGCGCCGGACGCGCCACGGCCCAGGUAGGUGCCGGCCCCCCCGCCCGGCUGCAGCCACAGGAAGCCGGACGUGGCGUCUGUCCCCCGGGGCCGGCCAGAUGCACGGACGCUUCCCCCCGCCCCCAGCUGCCAGCGUCAGCCUGCCAUCUGGGUGACCCUGCCGUGCGCUGGAUUCGGGGCCGGGGCCCUCUUGGGGGCCGGGCGAGGGCUCUGGACUUGGGGGGUCUCCAGCCCAUCCAGACUCUGCUUGGCCCCCUGCCUGUGAAAUGCCCCCCUUCUCCUGCUGGGGAGUGGGAGUGGGGGGCUGCUCAGCUCCCCCCAAAUCUCCAGUGCCUAGCCCA